AUGUCAGCCACGGAAGGAUCGGUUGCAGAGGCAGAGGCCAGCUGCAACAACACAAAUACAACUGCUUGUGCCGUUGUCCCCUCUGGAGACUCGUGUUCCAGCCACCAACCACAGCGCCUGCUGCACGCGGAGGACCAGGCGCAGGCCCAGGAAGCCACUACUACGGCAGACCACUUGACCCUUGGCUUCUCUGACGUCUCCAGCCCGCAACUUUUCCAGCUAAACCCGCAGCCCCAGGUUGUAAACAACAACAUCAUCGACACCACCGAAAACAAACCGUCCUCACGACCGACAAAUGAUAACACAGUAACUUCAAAAUCCACAAACACCACACCAGCAGGCUCCCCUACAACGAAUAAGGCAAAACAAACUCGCAAACCCUCACCCAAUCUCGCCGCCCGAUUGAAAGCGCUCGGCUUUACCUCGCACAAGAAGUCAACAGACCAACCACUUCAACAAGACCAAGUUGGGCGCCUGCCUGAAGACCAGAUUCGCUUGAUAGACGAGAACCAUAAGGCGAGUUCCGUCGAAUCGAAGAUCAAUCGACGCGGUCGCCCUUGGAAGGGCUUUACAUCGUCCGACGACCCGAGACCACAGACUGCAUCUUCUACUGCUUCGAGAGAAGACCCCAACACUUGGAUAUUGUCAUCCUCGCCAGACGUUGCCCCGGGCGCGUCUCUUGUCCUACCCGAGAUCAUAACAACGGCGCCCUUGGACAUGGAGACACACAAAUACCGUCUGCCUGACCACACCAAUGGGAACGGUACCAAGGUACAACUUGAGACUAGACGAGAGCAUCUCGAACGCAAUGGAGCCCUUCCCGCCUCCGAUCAACCACCACCUCCACCUCCGAAAGAUACACCGCCGGUGCCAGCGGUCGAGUUUACGCCUGAUCUUGCGUCAUACUUUACUCCCGGUCAUCAGCGACCCGGUUCCAUCUACACGCUUUCCCGCGCAUCCUUCGCCAAUCAGCUAGCUCAACUUACAUCACUCCAGCUUCCUGAUGCAGAGUCCUUGUCCAGCAAGGUGUCUGCCAUCCCGACAGCACAGGUCGCAUCGAAAGCUUUGAUCAACGCUGCGGAGCAAAUUAGAAGUUGGAUCUAUAAGGCAUCAGAGGUUAUUGGCGGUCUGGAUAGCGAUGAUGACGUUGAGUGGGCCGCGGCGGGAGGUCGCGAAGGAUACGAAGAGGUCGAGAACGCCAUACAUCGCUUCGAGAAAUUGAUUAAAGUGUACGUCGGUGCUAUCGAAGAACUGCAAGGCCGCGAAGACAUUGCCGACGUUCCGCCCGAAGAUCUCCAUCGCGCCGUCUCCCAAAUGGAGUCCAUCAUCGAGGAAUGGGCCAACAUCAAAGCAGCACUCAAUACCGUCAAAGGACAAGUCGAAAUCGCGAUGGAGUGGGAGGAACUGUGGAACAGUGUUCUGGGAGACAUCCAAAGCGAAAUGGACGAACUGAGCCGUCUGGUCUUCGAGAUGGAAGAAAGACGCCACAAGUCUUUGAUGGCUGCCGCAGGUGGCGACGGCGUCGACAUUGGAGACCUCGAGAAUAUUGUUGAGGAUACUCCUCCUCCCGUCGCCAGGAUGCAAGCGCAAAACCGCUUCAGCCUACCUGGUCUUCCGCUCAGUCCUGGAUCAACGUCUCCAGGAACCCCUACACCCACUUUGUCACAAGAUGAUUCUAGUCUUCUAGCCCUAUUCGCGCGGAUGCAACCCUUGCGCGCAUCGCUAGACUUCCUCCCUAUGCGGCUCGCGGUGUUCGCUGCCCGAGCCGAGAAAUCUUUCCCAACUGCUUGUGAGGAAUUGGACAUGCGACGCACAGGUCUCGAUGGCAGUUACAAAAAGCUGGAAAAGGAUGCCGAAUCACUGCGUAAGGAGCUGGGUGAGGAUCGCUGGGUCAUUGUCUUUCGCGGAGCAGGACGACAGGCCCAAAAGAUGAUCGAAUCAGUUGAGAGAUCGAUGAUCAAGCUAAGGGAAGCUGUCGACACCGGUAUGCAUCUGAGCAACCCACCGACAAUGAUCAAAAAGAUCGAGAGUUACGACGCCAAGAAGACGCAUUAUGGCCCAGCUAUCGAGCGAGUUUUGGCCAUCAUCGACAAGGGUGUUAAGGACCGCUUAACUGUCAAUGGCGAAAUUCUACGUUUGCAUGCCGAGAUGCAGGCGAAAUGGGAAUCGAUCAAGGAUGAGAUGAGAGAGAUGGACGUGGUUGUGGACGAAGUUCACGUGGAUACCAGAGGCCAGCAGUUGAGGGAUUCUAUCUCCAGCAUGCUGUCAAAUGAUCGCUCCACGAUUGGUAGUGGCCGCGAUACUCCCGGCAGCUCCCCUCCUUCCUCGGUAAUUAUGUCGAGUCUCGGAUUAGAGCCAGUCACUCCCAGAAACAAGAUGGCCAAGAACCGUUCUGUGAGCACCAACAGUCACUUGCCGCAGCCAUCGGGAAGAAGACAGUCGUCGUUGCCAACACCUUCCUCUCAAAUGCCUCGCAAGCCCUUGGUACCUCGAUUGUCGAACAUGACUUCGAGGCUUGGCACUCCAUCUGCGGGCAAUAUCCCCAGACCUGCUUCCACGCAGCCUAAUCGGCCCAGGUGGAAUGGUUCGACCAACACUACUGAUGUUGGUAUCGGUCACAACUUCAAACCCUUGACCCUCACCUGCCCUAGCCCCUACGCCAAGAAGACAUCGCCAGCCGCCCGUCCAUCAUCCUCUUUGACCCCGCGAUCUUCAUCGCCCGGCGGUACGAGGUUGCCAACCCUUCGGAGCCCCCUGACCAGAGAUUCAUCCGCGUCGCCCAUGCCCGAGGACACACCUACGAAGAGAGCCCCAUCGAAGUUGUCUUUUAGGGAGCGUCUGGCCUCACCUGGCCCGUAUUCUCAGCAGACACUCUCUAAGCCGCGUUUGUCUUCAUCUGUCUCUACGUCCGGUCUGGAGUCUCAGUCCAGCCGACGUGCCUCUCUUCAACCACCCAAGCUUCACUCAUUUGCCGACAGAGCCGUACCAAGCCGUCCUGCAAGCUCGUUGGCAUCGACGCGUCGAACUAGCCAAUUGCCACAACUCAAAGCAAGCAGUACGACAGGUGGCAUGGAGACCCCUCCAACCCGAUCAGUGUCGCGGAAUACUACACGCAAGACUCUUCCAGAGCUGUCUAAAAGCACCUCUAGCCAGAAGCCUCGAUGGAGGGGCUAG